UAAUUCUGUGAGCGAGGCUAGAGUAACAUGUUGCACGGUGCUGUUUGGUCAGAAAUCAGAGCACGGUGGGAAAUAAAGCAAUUUUUUAUGUAAUUUUAUAAAGCUGUGUGUUUUCAGAAUGGAAACAUCAAGGAGAACGAUUAUUCUUGCAAGAAAUAUCAUUAGAUCUACUAAAACUGUGCUGAUACAAAACCAACCAUCGCAGAUGAGAGUAUCGACCUGGUCAGAAGGCCUAAGAGGGACCCUCUUCUCCUUACGUAACAAGAAGCAGAGUAGUUUUUUGAAGCGUGCAGGUUCACUUGCAGCAGGUUUUACUGGAGGGAUUGUCAUGGUGAAAAGCUUUUCUGAUUUUUCAGUUCAAGCCUUGCCAGGCUGGUUUGUGAGCCUUUGUAUGAACGAUACACACGAAUUUGCUUCAGAUCGUCUGGACACAUCCGAUGAUUUUACACUAUCCAAAGAAAGCCCUAAUUUGAAGGUGAAGCUGUACCAAUAUGAAAACUGUCCAUUCUGUUGUAAAGUACGAGCAUUCUUGGACUACUAUGGCAUUGAAUACGAAAAAAUUGAAGUAAAUCCAUUGCUAAGGAAGGAAAUCAAAUUUUCAGAAUACCGGAAAGUGCCAAUUGUCAUUGUCAACGAAUCUCAACAGCUCAAUGAUUCUUCACUUAUUAUAAGUAUUCUAAGAUCAUACAUGCUUGGCAAAGGAUCACUAGAUAGCCUCCUCGCUUUCUAUCCCAAAAUUGAGGUUGAAGGAAGCAAAGGGAAAAAGUUCGAAUACCAAAACCGCCAUAAUGUUAUGUACAGGGAAGCCAUGGGAACGAAAGAUGAAGCUCUAGCUGUGAAAGAGGAAAUGAAAUGGAGAAAAUGGGUCGAUAGUUCUCUGGUACAUAUGCUUUCUCCCAACAUCUAUCGAACAAUGGUGGAGGCACAUCAAGCAUUUGAUUAUUUUUCAAGUGCAGGAAAUUUCAGUGCAUUUGAAAGAUUUAUGGCAAGAUACUGUGGGGCUGUUUUCAUGUAUGUUGUGUCAAAGAACCUUAAGAAGAGAUACAAUCUUAAAGACGAUGUGAGGCAGAGUUUGUAUGAAGAUGUAAAUCAAUGGGUAAAAGCAGUUGGAAAGAAAAGGGAGUUCAUGGGUGGUGACAGACCAAAUCUUGCAGAUUUGGGGGUUUAUGGUGUGCUGAAUGCCAUCGAAGGUCUUGAUGCAUUUAAUGACAUGAUGAAGAAUACCAAUAUUAAACCAUGGUAUCAAAGAAUGAAGAAGGCUGUUUCAACCAAAGAAGGACAUGCAGAAUACGAGAACCUGAUUGCAAAACUCUCCUAAUCCUUGCAUGGUGGAAGAUCAUAAAAAUUAGGUUAAGAAGAUGUUUGUCAAUGAGAAUAUUGAUGAUCAUCUUUUAGUAAAAAAUUCCCUAAGAAGUGUAUUUUAAAUUCAAAGAUGCCUUUCAAACAUACACUUUAUUUUUUAUAUCCUUUUAAUUGUAAAGUAAAGCAGAAAAGUUAUUUUUAAGAUUGUUUUAAUUAUGCAACCAUAAUUAUUGGAGACAAAGCAAUGAAAAAACAAUGCCUGCCAAAAUUACUUCAGCAUCCAGCAAUGUGCAUUGUUUAUUCCAUUUUUAGUUCUUUGCACAAUUUCCAAAUGCUACUACUCCCACCCUUUCCCCUCUCCCCCAAUAAAAAAUGUUGAUAAUCUAGACAAAUAUCAUAUUAGCCACAAUUAAAAGCAUACUUCAUAAAAUUUUUCCUACAUUAAACCAACAUUAUUCCUAGGGUUGCUGAAAACUUAGUGUUCCAAGACUUUUUGCAGAGAUUUUGGCUUAGUGAUUUUUAUUAAGAUUUUUUUAUUCCUCGUCUUUCUAAUUCCCUCAUGAACCAUCAAUUUUGCAAAUUUUUAGUGGAUAUACGUUUCCUGUUAGAUUGCUGCACGAAAGGACAUCAAACAUCAAUAAAAUGCCUUAACAUUCAAUAAGCAAGUAAAUGUCUACUUCUAAGCAAGUACAGAAAGGGGUGUUGUGAGUCGUUUCCUGUUGUCUCGAUUUAGUUCUUUAAAGUUGAUCCAUAAAUAUUGUUCUGUUAAUUUAGUAUUUCAUCAGAUCUCCCAUU